UGAAACUGAGAUCGAAGGCGCAAACAAAAAGGGAGAAUGAAUCCGGAAGAAACACAGAAUACUUCGCUAACUGUAGGUGUUUUAAUCAUCUAUUUUGCACCAUAUUGUCCCAAGUUACGUUGUCUUUCAAACCAGUGAAGAAUUUAUAAUCAAAAGUGCAUAAAUUGCGCACACAGUCUCUCGAAAGCCACUCAAGGUUACGAAACAUACCACCUUUUAGUAUCAUCGAGCCAUCGACAUUCGAAGUGUUUCGACGAAGAGAUGUCUCAUAGUUCUUUCGACUAAGGCUGCCUAGUUAGCAAAUUGUGGUAGGAUCUAAGUCAUUCUUUCUUACAGUGAUGUUGGAUGUUUAACUGGUGCCUUUAGGGCCUUAUAUUUCAUAGAGCACCUUGUAAGUGUCGAAAGUGAAAGUGCAAUAGAAGGAAGUAACAUUCUUCAGGCAUCUAUCCAGUUUAUAGUCAAGAAGGAAGAUAAAAUUACUAAAUAAGUUCAUUUAUCUUUAGAGUAACAAUGGAACCUCCAAUGGAGCAAAUGAAGUAUCCGAGGAAGAACUCAUAGCGAGUUAUGAAAACGAAAGUGAUCGUGGUAAUCUUAGAGAUGGUUCCGCUCAACCUUCCUCUUCUACGAGGCGAUCACCAAACGAGGCUUUUGACGACGGGGCAUCAAGAUUGCACUGUGUUUGUUAUCGCGGCAACAAUGCUUUUGCUUACGGAAGAACUGAUAGAUGCCCUUUUUGUGGAAAAUAUAGUGCAAAAACUCGUCAGAGUGGGGAAACUUCUGACAGGGUUUCGGAUGAAGAAUCCAUCACAGUCUCGGCUACUAACCGUGAGGCACUUCAUCUGACUCUUGCAAGAGGGAUGGAAUCGGUACCACAAACCCACGAGACAUCUCGUGAGGUUCAAGCAGAACCAACAACAAACAGCGCGAAUGUAGACAUACGCGCUCAAAGCCCUGUGAUCCGAAGCGGAAACAUUCCAGUGGAAGGUAAGUAUCUUGUUUCCACGAAAUAUUAAUCUUUUGACGUUUGCUCUAUUGAAAUCUGCUUCACUGAAGCAUAUCCAAGAGAAACUUUUGAUUGACUUUCACAAUGAAUUAAAAUGUUUUAAACUUAUAUAUAAAAGCACUAAUUUGUUGUUCAAAAAUUAUCUUAAAUAUCUCCUGCAGUAAAACAAUUCACUGAUUCUUUGCAUGAUAGUAUAUGAUAGAGUGAAAAAUUAAACUUGAUGAAAACUGGUUAAGUAAGAAAUGGUGGUUACUUUGAGAAUUGUGACUGUCAUCGAAAACAGAAGUUUGAACAUCAACUUAACUUCCGUAAGGGUUAGGUCUGUAUAAGAGUUCUUUGGGGUAUUCACAGUUGGCAACACUGCUUCCUUUUUCGCAGUUGCAGUUUAACAGAACAAUCCGAAACUGACAAAAGUGCUAAAACGUCUUUCCUCAACACUCUUCAACCGAACUCGUUUUAGUAUUAUGUAACCAGGAUCAACUUUUCAAAGUAAUUUCAAAGUGCACACUCAAACACAGCAGGCAUUUUAAGUUACAAACAUAUCCUAAAAAAGCGUGAGAGAGGUUGUGCCUUGAAAGUCUACAACGUUCACAAAUUAUUAGUCGUUAAACAAUGCAUUAUUUGUCCAUGACGCUCAUGGUAAAUUGGUGCCCGAGGGAACAGAAAUUGGCUGUAAUCCUUCAGCUACUGCUGCUGUUGCAAGUGUUAACAGUUGUUACUGUUACAGUUGCUGUAACGGAUGUCGAUGUUGUUGUUAUAGCGUUGACCAUCUCCUCAUCUCUCUUGAUUAACGCACCUGGUCGAAAUUAUUAUGAUUUUACUUUACUUUAUCAUUUUACUUGUAGGUUUUUCAGACUCGUCAGUGCCAUACCCAUGCCAACCACAACAAUUGGCACUCUAUGUGCUGCAAACCGAUCAUCAACCAUUUGAUGUAAUUACUUAUUCAGUAUACUGUGUGGAGCAGUCAAAGCAGGUAGAGAAAACUCUUAAAAUUAUUCCAGCUUGGAACCAUUCCUCUUUUUCACUCCAAUGGAAUGAAAAAGUCAACUGGCUCACCAACACAAGAAAUGGGUACCCACGUUUCUUUCAGAAGAAACGCCAGUGUUACGCCACAAAAUUUACUAAUCGCCGCAAAAUGUAAAAAAUUACUCAGCGCAAAAUGUAAUGAUUUUUAUUAACUACUUUGUAGUAUAUUAACACGAAAAAACUACUUUUUUUGGCUUCUGUGUAAUAUAUACAAAAUAUGUUAAGAAAGGAAUGGAUAUUUACUGCGGCGCUUGGCGGCAUGUUAAAUAUCCACCGCUAUUCACCUUCACUUCAGUGAAGAAUUGUCACACAGUGCUUGGCCAGGUUGUUUUAAUGACAACUUGCAGGUACCCACUUGACGUCCUGCACUUGCAAUUUAAUUUGGGUUCCAGAAAGAUAGUUUCUUUCGUACCAGAAAAUGAAUCUGGUGACAAUCAAGGGCUAGACCCUAAUCCAAAAGUCACCAACUUUUCAAUGGAAUGAUUAUUCAAUUAUAAGGGUAACAAAUUUCUGUCUGUAAUGCCAGCUUAUUUUCAGAUUUCUAUGUUUAAAUAGAGCAGUUUUUUUUUUGGAAGAUUUAAUAUUCGUUUUAUCCCUAAUAUAGGGCAGAGUGGCUUCGAAUGUAAGGCUGCUACAACGAAACCAACGCCCCAGUAUACAAGUUAUUCCAUUUGGUGAUGAGUACUCCUCCCAAGAAGAAAAUAGACAUUUCCACACUCUGUACUUGGACAAAGAAAUAAAAAUAAAAUUCGAGUUGCGGAGGGAAGUACAGAGAAGAUUCCGACUGCGGGAGGAACACGAAAUUUUCCAGGUGUGUCAGUCAAACAUGAAAACAACAAGGUGCUCCAUAAAAGAACACUUAAAUCAACAUUAGAAUUUUGAACAAAAAUAUGCUUUAAACUCCAUGGAAUUGUCUCUUUUCGUCUGUUGAUUUGGCAUUGUUUUUCACUCUCUUUAAACAGGUUCCAUUGGUCCGCGUUAUGUCCUUGAGCCAGGAUAGAAUUCCUAGUCCUGUUGUCCAAGUACAUGUGGAGCCUCGUUGUGCACCAGGGGAAGUUUGCCAGGACCACUUAAGAAUGACACUGGAGUAUGGGAGAACUAUUCAAAGGAUGUUGAUACCAAUAUGGGUAAAUAAUAUCCAUUUCUGCUCACAUUUAUGUAAUUAAAACCAUUUCAUUUGACAACAUUCUCUUGCUGACAGCAGCAAUUUACUCUAGGUUCAUGAAGAGUUAUGCUAGCCUCAUAGCAUUAAAAUUCAGUCAUGUUUUUAACAACACACAUUGGUUUGAUCUUUGCCCAGUUUUAGUCACUAACGAUACUGCCAUAAAAUAAAUUUUAAAGUUAUGUAAAACCCAUUUCAAGAGUUUUAACAAACAGAAUAAAUGAAGAUCAUCACACAAAGCAUACAUCACUCAUCUCCAUUUCCAUACUUGCUUUCAGUCUGCCAGACCAUCCGAAUCCAGUUAAAGGUUUUCUGCAUCUGGUGAGUAAAACUGAAGAUUCAGAUCUAAAAUACAUUAAAUCAUUUAAUGUACAUUACAAAAUUACCAUAACUAUAAACUCUUGACCACAGUUUCAAUGAUCGCUGUUAAUUGAUUUUAUUUAUUAGUGCCUUCAGUUACCCGAGUCAGUGUUUCUUGAUUAUUCCUCCUCCAUGUCAGUAUCUGAACAUUUCAACUGGUUUUUUUUUAGCUACUAGUAAAAAGAUUCGAGUUGCUUGACCAGCCAUUUGAUUAAAAUCAUAAGUGGAUGUAAAAUCUGAUUUUGGUUUGAGUCUGAUUGGCAAGUAUGUUCUGAUUUUUUAAUUUCUUCCCUUUAGCUGUUAUUGGAGGAUUGACUGUAAAUACCAGUCUACAGCAUAUAUCACUUAUAAUACUUAUAAUUUUUUUUUUAAUAAUACUCCAUCUGUAGUAAAGUUCAUAAUUAAAAGGAGCUACGUUACAUUUCAUGCAAAAGUUAGCCUUCAACCAACCUUUUAGUAGAGAAAUCGUAGCCAGGAUUCAGAUAUGGUGACAGUCUUUAGAUAAAAUGAUUUGAAGACAAAAAUCAGCUUUUAAAAGCAGGCCACUAUGAGAAGCCACUACUUUAAACAAGUUAAUUUUUUUUCUAGUCUUUCCUUGCAAUCUGUUUAAGUUUUGUUCUAUCUUUGACCCUUUUUGUUACUUUUCAGCUGACAAUUUCAGUUUUGGUCUAGUUACAUUUGACUGACUGUUUUUUUUUAAACAAUGAAAGCAAUUCUGCUUAUCACAGCUAGCAACUUGAAAACAGUGUGACAUAGCUCCUUUAUAGAGGUCAAAAGACAAAUGAAAGAUAGAAAAAUGUCUUAGAUUAGGAAAUCUAUAACCACUCUUGCAUGAUUGCCAAAAAAAGCAAAAAAAAAAAAAAUUAGACAACAGGAUGAAGUGACUUGUCCUUAAGCCUUGAUUGUAGAUCUUUCACUUCAUUAGAGAAAGUGAACAACAGAGAAGAAGUAGAAUUAGUAUUCCUACUUCCUCACACAUGCAUCAAAAGAAAACUACACAAAGGUAGAAAGAUGCAUGCUGGUCAUAAAAAAAUUAUGACUACUUCAAACAGAACAUGGAAAUGGUGUCUGUAGCCCAGCCUAACACCAAACAUUCCAUCCUUGCACUCACCUUGAGAAAUUGGGUGACAGAGGCUAUAGUUCAGUUAUCAAAUAUAAGGUGUUUUGGCGAAAAGGCCCAAGUAACUUCUGAUGGAAUUCUGCAACAGCAUCCAGGUUGCAUUAUAUGUGCAUGAAAUGAUCAAAGAAGUUGAAUGGAAACAAGGACUCACUUGGGACCUUUUCUUUAAAUCCCUGCAAUCAUUGUCUGGGUAAAAUUGCAAAGCUUCAUGAAAGCUUUGAAAUUCUUGAAAGCGAUUAACACUGGAAAGUAAUACUAACAGUGUUAGAAAAUCCAAAUUUGCCUUUUUGAGAAUUCCAUGACUUCUUUCAGCCCUAUGUUUUCACACACACACACACACAGGUUCAUUUAUGGUCCAGAGUUUGUUUGUUUGGUUGGUUUUUUUUAACAAAUCAGAAAGGAAAUUACACCUUGUUGAGUGUGUGAUAUUGCUCCUCUUGUAAUGGGCUAUAUUUGAUCAAAACCUGCAAUAUAUCAGUGUGGAAUUCUCAAAAGGGACCUACAGUGGCUGAUAACAAUUUAUCAAAGAUCUUUGACAAGAAUAUGAUACCACCACCCAUAGAAUGGAUUAGUAAUACAUACUGCAUCAUAGACAAUAACUGCUGUUGUAUCAAGGAAGUACUCACCAUUAUAAAACAAAAUAGCUUACCAAAACACACCACAAUUUGUCAACAAUACUGAGUUAAGAAAAUCUAUGGACAUGUUCUUCCAUACAGACCACAAUAACUACCUUGAAAUACAUGUACAUGUAUCAUGAACUGAGCAGUGGGUGGUGGUGUCAUAUGAAAUCUAAUUAUCAAAAGAUCUGUAGAUUGUUGCAGCCAUCAUAGAGCCUGGUGUAAACUAAGCAAUGUUAUCACCACUUCCAAGUUGUGAUAGUAUUGCUUUGACUACACAAGGCUGAGAGCUGUCUGCAUAAGCCUUAAUUCAAAUUUGCAAGCUAGUUUAAUUGUUAUAGGAUUGCUAUGUAUUUAAUUAGUAGAUUAGUAAAUUAGUCUCUUUCUUGUAAAGUAAACAUUUAUCAUAAUUCUUAAGUUUGGCUUUCUAGUCUGACAGCUGCAUAAAUGCAUGACAUUCAUUCAUGACCUUAAAAUAUGAUCACAUUCUCUCAAGCCAUAACAAAAUUCAUGUUUAGUGUAACUCUACGAAUUUUCUUGUGCAUUUGUUAUCAUGCUAGAUUACAAUUCCUUGAAGCUGGCCAUAUUAAGCCCCAAAAUUUUCAAAAUGACAUGCCAGUCCUGGUUGUCGCAAAAUUACUUGGAAGUCAUGAUAAGUAUUUAAGGUAUUGACCAUGAAUGAAUGCCAUGUAUUUGUCACUUUACAUUGUUUUUUUUUUUAUAAUAAAAAUGCUUAGGGUUAGGUCUGAAAUAUAAUCAAAAUGCUUACUGUGUGAUGACAAGUUAGAUACAUUUCCACCAAAAAGCAGGGAAAAACUAGAAAACUACAAGUUAUUUACUGUUCAAUUUAAAAAUUUAGUUAUCUCACUCAAAACGGCUAGAAAUACAAGAAAUAAUUUCAGAGUUCACUGUUUUCUGAAUAUGAUAGUAAACCAUUAGACAGCCAAGUCUGAGCAAGACCAAGUAAUUGUAACAAUUCUUUAUCUAAGCUUAUUUGCCGACCUUGAAGUUAGAUCAUUUUUAUGUCAAGUGGGAAUAUGGUUUUGAUUUUUGUUUUUUGGUUUGAUCAUUUAUAGCAAUGUUAAUGUUACUUCAUAGCACAAUGUUUUUGCAAGUUUACGAGUAAUUCACAACGCAGCUUAUGAAUGUUUAUUUUGUUAUUCUUUUUGGGUGAACCAUAGACAAGUUUUGAUUAAUUAAGUAAGUUUGCUGUGUGCUUAAUUAUUUCUAUCUUAGAUCAUGAAUAAGUAAUAAAUGAAUAGGUAAUUAACACUCUUUCAUUCUUCAGACUUGGCUGUUGCAUAUAAAACUAAAGAGCAUGACAGGGUCACAUGGAUCACAAAAUUUAUCUUCUUAAUUUGAUGUUUCCCAUUUCUUUCUUUCAUCUUCUCAAUAAAAUAAGAAUUUGUACUCCCAAGUGACCAAUAUCACACAGGCAUUGAUGAAUUAGCUAAUGGUGACAAUGUGUUUCAAA